AUGGCGUUCAUUCCGCAACCGUCAUCAGUGGCCCUCGGGGACGGGCACGUUGAGCUGGCGAGCCUUCAAGACGUCGCGGAAGAGGUCGACACCUCUCUGCCGUCUGAGGGCUACACGAUUGAAGUCUCGGCGGCGUCAGGCGUGAGCGUCAAGGGUGGUUCGGCCGCCGGCCUUUUCUACGGGCGCCAGACCCUCCGUCAGCUGCUGCCGCCUGCCGCGCUCCGGAAAGCGGGCGCUGGCUCACAGGGACCAUGGCGCCUCCGCGAGCAGAAAAUCUCGGAUGCCCCGUCGUCGGGCCUCCGCUGGCGCGGCUGCAUGCUGGACGUCGCGCGCCACUACAUGCCCGUAUCCGACGUGCUGCGGUUCAUCGACCUCAUCGCCUUCCACAAGCUCAACGUCCUGCACCUGCACCUGACCGAUGACCAGGGCUGGAGGAUAGACGUGCCGAGCUGGCCUCGCCUCGCCUCGGUCGGCGGAUGGCGGGAGCGGUCCAUGAUGGGGUCGAGGAUUCACAAGCUCUACGACUCGAGGCCGCACGGCGGCGUCUACUCGGCCGACGACCUGCGCGAGGUGGUCGCGUACGCAGCGGAGCGGCACGUCACCGUCGUCCCCGAGGUGAACAUGCCGGGCCACAUGCAAGCCGCCGUCGCGGCGUACCCGGAGCUGGGCAACACCGACGUCGAGGGCCGGCAGCGCGAGGGCUCCGUGCGCGACGCAUGGGGCGUCUCGACGCGGGUGCUCAACGUGUCGGACGCGACGCUCGACUUCUGCCGCCAGGUGCUCGACUUCGUCUGCGACGUGUUCCCCUCCAAGACGAUUGGCAUCGGCGGCGACGAGUGCCCGUACGAGGAGUGGCGGAGCAGCGCCGCGGCGCAGACGCGCAUGCGCGAGCUCGGCCUCACGAGCGAGCGCGAGCUGCACGGAUGGCUCAUGGGCCAGAUGGCCGCGCACCUGGCGAGCCGCGGCCGGCGCGCCUACGGCUGGGACGAGAUCAUGGCGGGCUACACGGGGCCGCCGGAAGCCGUCCAGGUCGCCGCGUGGAGAGGCCCCUGGCCGACCACCGUGGCCGCGCGCCGGGGCUUCGACGUCGUGUCCUGCCCCGACCUGAGCGCCUACCUCGACUACCGGCAGUCAGACGACGAGGCGGAGCCGACCCCCGUGGGAACCCGCCUGACGCUCGAGGACGUAUACGCCUUCGAGCCGGUCCCGGCCGGGCUGACGGCCGAGGAGGCGGCGCACGUCGUCGGCGCGCAGGUCAACGUGUGGACGGAGCACAUGGAGAGCGCGCGCCGCGUCGACUACAUGGUGUUUCCGCGGCUCUGCGCCUUUGCCGAGGUCGCCUGGGGGAAGCCCCCGGGCAAGGGGUUCGAGGACUUUCGCCGGCGCCUCGAGGAGGGGCAUCUGGCGAGGCUCGCGGCGUUGGGGGUGAACUACCGGCCGCAGACGGGGCCGCGGCCGUGGGAUGCCCGCCCGGAUGCUCCCGGCAGGCCGCUCCCACGUGCGGUCCGGGAGGCGGAGCUUGAUGAGUUGACGGCUGAGCUCAAGGAGCUGGCAAAGUAG